UCACAGGGCCAACCAAUAUGCCCAAAAGGCCAAAACACAUACACACAUCACCCCAAAAAAAGAAGCAGAGCACCUACCCUCCCUAUCUCUUUUCUCUCUCAACUCUCAAAUGAAAUGAAUUAAAAAAAAAAAAAACAACACCAAAAAAGAAAUAUUAUUAUUUAUUCUGGCUCACCUUCAUUCAUCGACAUCAAUCAUCAUUCAUUCUAGCAGAGCCAAUCCCAAUCCGACUCCCAGCCCACUCCCACUCCCUCCCAUUACUUCCCGAUUGGCGGUUUUCUGCAGCUCACCGCUUUCCUUUUAUAGCUUCUCUUUUGGCCCCUCCUUUCUAUUUUGGAUCUGGAGAGCAGGAGAUAGAAGAGAAACCCAAAAUAAUACAACACCCAAAAGAAGAAGGAGGAGAUGGGGAAGAUUUGAUUGAUCCUCUUCCUCCCUCUUUUGCUUAGUUUCUCGGAUAACUUAGCUAGGGUUUCUGGUUGCUGCGGUUUCUUCCCUGCCCCCUCCAAAUCUCGCCAGUCUAAAUUUGGCAAAAGAGAUUAAAAAAAAAAAAAUGGCUCCAAUUUCCCUCCGAUAACCGUCUUCUGUCCGUCUCCCUUCCUUUACCCUCUUUUCCCCUCUGGGUAGAAGGUAGUAUUGAAUCCCAUCCCAUCGCAGCCCCAAAAAUGGCGAGGGAGAAGAUACAGAUCAAGAAGAUCGACAACGCCACGGCCAGGCAGGUGACCUUUUCCAAGCGGAGGAGGGGACUUUUCAAGAAAGCCCAGGAGCUCUCUGUGCUCUGCGAUGCUGACGUGGCCCUCAUCAUCUUCUCCUCCACUGGCAAGCUCUUUCACUACUCCAGCUCCAGCAUGAAGGAAAUACUGGAGAGGCACAACUUGCACUCCAAGAACCUGGAGAAACUAGAACAGCCGUCACUGGAGCUGCAGUUGGUGGAGAACAGCAACUUCACUCGGCUGAGCAAGGAAGUCGCCGAGAAAACGCGCCAACUCAGGCAAAUGAGGGGAGAAGAUCUCAAUGGAUUAAACAUUGAAGAACUGCAGCAUCUGGAGAAGUCUCUCGAGUCUGGCUUGACCCGCGUCAUGGAAAAGAAGGGUGAUAAAAUUACGAAUGACAUCAAUGAGCUUCAAAGAAAGGGAAUGCAACUGAUGGAAGAGAAUGCGCGCCUAAGACAUCAGGUAGAAGAGAUGACCAAUGGCGGCAGACCUGCCGCAGAAGCAGCGAUGAUGGAGGCGGAGGCGGCGGUCGUGACGGCAGAUUCAGAGAACGUGGUGUAUGAGGACGGGCAAUCAUCAGAAUCUGUAACAAACGUCUGCAACUCAAAUGGCGCCCCUCCUCACGACUAUGAAAGCUCCGACACUUCCCUCAAAUUGGGGUUGCCGUAUUCCGGCUAGAGUGUUGUUGUAUUAUGACGUGGAUGAUGAAUGACCAAAGCUAAUUAACUUACCAAGAGAAUGGUCGGUCGGUCCAAUUGUUCCUGAGCCUCAAUCGUGUGUGUAUUAAUUUAUUCCAAUUUGAUCAAUGCAAGACAUGCAUUGCAUGAUGUAUAAUAUUGUAUAUCGGUGUGAUGAUUACAUGAUCAAACCACCACUCUCUAUAUAUAUAUGGCAUCUCCAGCUCUCACAAUGCCGGUUCUCACAGGCUGAUCGUUCUGCUUACAUAGUAACUAGGAGUACUACGCGACGGAGAUGGAUUGAAUCCUCAUCAUAGCUAGAAAAGCUCUGGCGAUCAACUCCUGGGGUCGACCAUCUUUUUCUCACUCAGCGCCAAUAGUAUCUCUAUUGCCUGCCGGUAGAGAUGCGGCGAGUCGGAUUUGUCGUAGAACUCUCAGUAGAAAGUCUAGAGGGUGUAGUCGAGAUCGAAGACGACCAGGGCGUGGCAGCUUUUGGAAUUCGGCAUGUACCCGUAGAGCUUCGGUUUUCGCUACUUGAUAGUUGAUAGCCAUUGACUCCUUCCAUCAAUUCUGCAGGGAAAGUGAGGGGUGCCUAAACAGUAAAUAGGAGUAAAAAAA